UCAACGCACUGUCAAACGGGCACCUGGAUGGCCGAACCUGCCGAACGUUCUGGUACGUGGUGGAUGUACGACAAGCGAGCAGCAGAGAGAGCGAGCACAAGAAAUGUGAAUUCGUGAAGGCAAAUUUCGCACAGUGAACGCAGCGUAGCCCCCGGAGGAAAAAGCACACACGCACACCGUAGCCGCAGCCGCGUGGAUUCGUCGACCGUCGUUCGUGCCGCAACGACACUACGCAACGGCCGCAAACGUUUGCCGUGCUCUUCCGCUGCUGUGCUGCGAAAAGUUGGUGUUGCAAGGCGCGCCGCAGCAAAGCCAAGGCUGAGAGCAAACCCACGUUGUGAAGCGUUAAAAUACCCCCGAAAAAAAGGAACAACCUCAAACCUCUGGAAGAAGGUACUCACCCCGUGCGCGCGUCUUUCGCUCAACGCGACAGCAUCCAGCCAUCCGGGCAGGCCUGUAUAGUAAUUGACCUUUUGGGGGAACACAGAACACAGCAGCGUGUGCGUGUGCAAACCUGUGUGCCGCUGUGGCACCACUAGGCGGUGGUGGUGGGUUGGUGGUUGUAUGCCCCCGAGCGCAAAGGCCGGAAGGUGAUGUGUGCGUUUAUGGUUUCGGAUGUGUCGCUGUUGGUAGUCGCUAGACGACGGGCAGCAGCAGUAGCAGCAGCCUCCCUUGGCAACGAGCGCCACCGGCGGUAGUGUUUCGGAGUGUUGGUUGGUGCGCCGCUCUAUCCCCGAACCAUAAGGAAAAGGUUCUUUAAAGCCGCGUUUCGGAAACUACUGAAAUCGCCUGCACGCAUUCGAGCCGCGACAAGAAAAAAGGGCGAUCCCCGUACGAGUGCCGUGUGUCUCUAUUUGUGUGAAUGUUUAGUGUGUGUGUGUUUGAAUUUGUGAAUUGAAGAAUUUGUGCAACAAAGAAGCUCUCUUUGAGAUAUUGUGGUUUGUGAGAUAAAUUAGAGAAAAGAAGAAGAGAAAAAUAGAUCCACAGUGGGCGCUUAAGCAUUUUUUCCACUUUUUGCGUGUGUAAGCAAUUGUUAGUGUGUGUGUGUGUGUGUUUGUGCGCGCGCCAGUGAAAAGGAUUCAACAUGUCGCUGGAUAACCGGAACACCUCGGCCCAGUACAAGCGGGCCGAGCAGCUGAAGCGCUGGGAGGAGUCGGAGAUGAACAAAAAGCUGAGCGGCGCGCCGAAGAGCCCCUCGUCGCGGCGCAUCAAAUUCUCGUCCGGCUGCAUCUUUCUGGCGGCCUGCGUGGCCGGCGACAAGGAGGAGGUGGAGUGGCUGCUCAAGAACGGGGCCGACAUCGAUACGGCCAACGUGGACGGGCUGACCGCGCUGCAUCAGGCGUGCAUCGAUGACAAUCUGGACAUGGUGGAGUUUCUCGUACAGAAAGGUGCCGACGUCAACCGGAAGGACAACGAAGGCUGGACACCGUUGCAUGCCACAGCAUCAUGCGGCUUUCUUAGUAUAGCACGCUAUCUGAUAGAGAACGGUGCCGACCUGGCGUCGAUCAACAGCGAUGGCGAGCUGGCGGUCGAUCUCGCCAACUCGGACGCGAUGGAGGACCUGAUCCAGCACCACCUGGACGAGCAGGGCAUCGACUGCGAGGAGGCGCGCCAGGCGGAGGAGCGCAUCAUGCUGAGCGACGCGACCAAGUGGCUCCGCACGGACAGCCCGGACUGUGAUAAGGCGCACCCGAAGACGGGCGCCACCGCGAUACAUGUCGCCGCCGCCAAGGGCUACAUCGGCGUGCUGAAGCUGCUGCUCGAGGGCCGGGGCGACAUCGACCGGCAGGACGUGGACGGCUGGACGCCGCUGCACGCGGCCGCCUACUGGGGCCAGAAGGAAGCCACACAGAUGCUGCUGAACGCGAGCGCCGACAUCGACGUGCAGAACUACAGCGGCCAGCUGGCGAUCGACAUUGCCCAGGACGAUAUCGUGCCUUUGCUGAAGGAUGCCCGCAAGAACGGGAAGCGCACGAAGCGCAGACCACCUAGUCACGGAAAUAGGAUUACGGACAACUUCGAAAAUAGUACGGAAACGCCGACCAAGGUGAUUCGGGUCGAGGUGAAACCGAUUGACAGCAAUAAGGAGAAGGAAGCUGGUGGAUCCGUCGCCGUCGACUACGGCGACGACGACGAUGGCGGGGAAAAUGUUGCCGAAGCGCUUCCGGAAUCCCCGCAAGUUGCAGGAGACCAAGAAGAAGAAGAAGCAGCAGAUGAAAAAGAUGAAGAGGAGGAUGAGGAGACGAUGGAUGAUACGGUAGACGAGGCGCUGGAAGAGGAAGAGGAGGUAGAGGAGGAGGAAGUGGAAGAGGAAGAGGAAGAAGAGGAGGAAGACGCAGAGGAAGAAGAGGAGCAACAAGAGCACGUCAGUGCGCAAGCGAGCCGUCCAGGCGAGGACGUAACCGAUUCGUCCAUCGGUAGCGUGCCGUACCAGCAAGUUCUUCCUUCACCCGCACAAAUCAACCAAACAAAGGGUGCCGAAAGCGAGGAAGAGGAAGAGGAGGAAGAAGAGGAAAAUGGCAGCGUAUCGUCGGAACCGUACUCCUCCUCGAAUCCGUCCGCCGAUAGUAGUAUGACCGAGUCCGAAACAGACGAACUGUUGCCACGGCCCGUUCCAAUCAUCUCGCGACCGACGCCGGUUCCACUGACCACACAAAUUGUAGCGCCGAAGCCACGUGUAACGGAGCCGCCGGUACCGUCGAACAAUGCCGCUCCAGCGAUCGCUAACAAUCCAGCGGCUCCACCAACGGCACCGUGGCGCCGUGCGCGUGCCGUACCGACGCCUGUGCCGCGCCACUUCUACGAGGAAGCACAGCAACCGCCGGCCGAUGAUGUCGUCGACUACGCUAACCUCGUUUUCACGUCCAAGCGCAACCUAGUUUCGGAAAAGGAAAAUAAACCAACCGAACCGGAUGUGAUACUGAGGAGAACCCAGAGCUUCGAGAGUGACGAAAAGUUCUACCAGCGGUAUGCCGAGCUGCGAGCACGAAUACAGGCUAACUCAUGCCCCCACACGAUCCUACCAUCGACGCCUAUUAACACUAAAACCAGUACCGCCUCGAACAACAACAACAACAGCAGCAACAACAACAACAAUAACAAUAGUACUACCACUACCACUACGGCGACGACGCCUGCAUCGAACAUUUCGUCGUAUCUGGUGCAGCGGUCCGCCUCACUGAAGGAUCAUCGGACACUAAGGAAAACAACAAGCAAUUUGGUCCUGGGAAGCACGACCACAUCACCGUCAUCGGCGACCGGACCGGCGUCCGGCGCAACCACCAACCUCGUGCCUCCAGCAGCAACCGGUACGGGUGCAGCGAACAACACAACGGGCAGCACCACGGGCAGCUCCGGUGCCGUCUCGCCACCGACCAGUCCGUCCGGAACGCCGACGACAACGCCCACUGCCGGACAGAUCAGAAGCUCCAUACCCACACCAAUCACCCUCAACAGCCACAAGAAUACCACCAUGAGCAACAACACUGAUAACAGUAGCAGCACCACCACCACCACACCGUUCGGUGAUCGCUACCGGAAGCGGUACGAGGAUCAACCGGAGACGGUGCGCAAACCCUCGGCAACGAAUAGCACGGUUGCGAAUGAUCAUACCUCAUCCACCACCACAUCCGCUCCCGAGGCGGCCGAUCACACGGCGCACGAGACCACGCUCACACCGGCCACCGGGCCCGAAACGAACAAGAACCACAGCCUGUUCGAACUCAACCGCAAAUACAUUGAGCAGGCGCAGAAGACGAAGAUCAAUAAUGAGCGCAAUAAAUUUCUCUCCUCACUCAACGAGAAGAGACAACAGCAGCUUCAGGAGCAGCAGCAGCAGCAGGAGCAACAGCAGCAACGACGUCAGCAACCAGCCGAACAGCCGAGGGGUGGUGGACGGUACGAUGGCAGACCAGGCAAGCCGGAAGCGUCACAAGAGGAGGCGUCGUUCGAGGAACCGGCGGCAGUGAAGUUAAUCAUGCCAUCGUACACCGCAGCUCCGGCUCCAACAGCGGUGCUGGAACAGCAGCCACCCGCGGGAACAACGCCGGUGACGACCAGCCCCUCGUCGAACAAGCUGUCGCCUGGAAAUAUUUUCAAAAACUUUUUCAAAUCAUUUGUACCACCGACGCGGGACGAAGAGAGCGAAACGCAACGCAAGGCCCAUGCCAAGCGCGUCCGGGAGACGCGCCGCUCGACCCAGGGCGUCACGCUGGACGAGAUCAAGAGUGCCGAGCAGCUGGUCAAGAAGAAGAACGCUACCGGAACGGGCAACGAAAACGACACAAUGGCACCCGCGACUGCGACAGCAACGACAACAACCACGACAACGCCAUCAUCACCAUCCUCAUUAUCAUCCACUGCAUCACCCUCAUUUACCAACGAUCGUGUGCCGGCGGUCGGCAGCACUGGCGACCAGCAGCAGCAGCAGCAAGGCAGCAAUCACGUAACGGAAGCAUCCGCAGCACAUGAUGCGACCAGCGGCGGCGUUGGUGGUGGGUCGACGAAGGUGGAAGAAAUCGCCGUGGCGGCUAGUUUCACGCUAGCCGCACCGGGAUCGUCACUCGAUGACGGUGGCGACGGUGGCGGAGGUGGUGGAGGAGGAGGAGGCCACCGAAGGCACCGUCGCAGUGUGGCCGGCAUGGACGAGGAGGAGGAGGAUGACAGCAAGGUGACGGUGUCGUAUACGAUCAGUGCCCCGGUACGGCAGAGCUCGCCCAGCCCGAGGGCGGUGGCGUCGGCGGUGGCAGUGAGCAACUCCAAAGAAAGUGCCGAUCCACUGGAUGGAACCGGCGCUGGCGAUGUUCCUGCCGUAACGGCAACGUUCCACGUGCCAGCAGCCGCGAGCGAGCCGAUGGUGGCGACCUCGGCCACCAUCCGAACGUCGUCCGGCGCAGCGGGUGGUGUCGUGAGUAAUAGUGAUAGUAAUACCACCACCACCACCACCACCACCAACACCUCCAACAACAACAACACCAGUGCAUCCUCUAAUACCAACCACAACACAGCCGCCACCACCUACACUAAACGUUCACUGUUCGAUAUCGAUAACGCGAACUCACUAACACUGGCCGAGAAGCUGCGCCACGAGGCGAACAAGUACGCGAUCGCGGCCGUGGCGGACGGCGACCUGGACAGCCACCUGGUGGCCCGGGUCCCCGCCAGCAACAGUGGCACUACUAACAGUGGUGGCGGCGGCGGCGGCGAAAGCAACAGCACCAGCACGAACGCACCUGCGGACAAUAGUGCAGCGAGUGCUGGUGCCGCCGUGCCGCCAUCGCCAACACUGCGGAAGGCGGAACCGGCCACAACGACCACCACCGGUGUCACGGCCGAACGAAGGCCCUCGUGGCGGUUGAAGGUGGACGGUGGCAGCAAGUUCAAACUGGAAGAUGCGUCCACACCGAAUGCCGCCACACAGUCAUCGUCGGUAGCGAGCGGCGGUUCCGUGUACGAACCGUCCGGCCCGGCUAAUCAGGCACCAGAGCACGGUUUGACUACUACUAAGCUCACCUCCUCGUCGGCCCUGGCCCAACGAAGGGCGCAUCAGCAGAAUGGUGACAGCAGCAGUACCGCCACCACCGGGACGACCUCCUCCAGUGUUGCCAGCUCGCGGCCCCUAUCGGCACCGGCGUCCGGGCUUGCCGCCGGCGAGCAGUACAACCGUGUGCCGGGCAGCGCCGCCACUGCGGCCGGUGAGCAGCAGACCGGUGCUGCCGCCACGGACCCCAACAGUCCGCUGCACCAUCUCCGGCGGCCACCGAAGUCGGCGGGCGAAGAGAACAAGGAGAACGACAAGGAGAACGAUAGCCGCAGCACGGCCCAAGCCACGCAGGCGGUCAUACAGCGGCGCCGGCGUCAGAAGCGUCGUUCGACCGGCGUCGUUUCCGUCGGCAUGGAGGAUCUUGAUCCCGAUCGGCAAGAUUCUCCGGUCGAUGGUGAUGAAAAAGAGACUGGCUCGGAACGGGGUCGCUCGCGCGUCGGUUCGACGGCCUCCGAGCUGGACACGGCAAACCAGCCGCAGGACUCCACACGAGAAAAUGGCGGAGACUGCAUCGAUUACAAAGCUCUCUAUGAACAGGAAAAGGUCGAUAAUGAUAAGCUUAAGAUGGCUCUACGGAAGAAAGAUGAGGAGGUGGUAACGCUAAAGGCCGCGCUUGAUCGAUUUACUACAGCGACCACCAAAAACAACUCACUGUCGGAGCUGGAGAAACGCGAACGGCGCGCCAUGGAGCGGAAGAUGUCCGAGAUGGAGGAAGAGUUGAAGCUGUUACAAAAGUAUAAAACCGAAAACGAGCGACUGCGGGCAGAAAACCGUGCCCUAACGCGCGUCGUAUCGAAGCUGACCACCUCGGCACAGAACCAAAUACACGCCAGCAAGCAAUAGCAGUAGCGGCACCAUUGGAUGUUUUUGUUUUUUUGAGAUGGGAUUUUGUUCUUUGAGCCCACUGAACGGCUGACUUCGGUCCCAACAAAAUAACAGAGGGGGUGGGAAAACCAAACCCGUGCCAAAAUGAUAGCGUUUGUAGACGCAGCAAAGUUCCGUACGCGCUGCACUUUGCGUAACGGAUCACAUCGAAUCUUUUGCAUCGAAGUCACAAAUCUCGUACCCUCCCCCGGACGUAUGGUGUGCGUACACCAAACAUGAAACUAUAAUCAAAAUCAUUAUAGAAUUAGCUUCAAAGUCAAACCAUUGACUGUGAAACAAAAGAAAGAGCGACUGUGUCCUGCAUACAGUACUAGCAUAAUUGGUAGCGAAUUUAGGAACCAGCGCGAGCGCGCAUAUAUAAACUAAUGUUACCGGAAUAUGAACUCGUAACCCAAAAAAGCUACCAAAAAUGAAAUUAUUCACUUCAUUCAUUUCCAUCCAACGUUCACGAGAUGAUGGCACACAAUCAUAGCGAAUGAAGCAAAUUUUGUUACCAAAAAAAAAGUAGAAGCAUCACACAGUUAUACUCACCAAAACUUACUAAAAGCCGGUAGUUUAUGCGUUCGAAUUAGGCAUAGGAAACGUAUUUAUGUCACUGUUAUCGAAAAUGGCACAUUUUCGAGUUCUUUUUCUUUUUGUAUUAUGAAAAGUAAGCAUUAAAUAUAGCAGCAAUACAUGAACAUUGGAAAGUGAAGCAUAAAACUCCUCGGGUCUUUUCGGGACGUGCGUGUUUGAGCGAUCGUGUUCCGUGCUCUUUUUCCUCCCCUCAAGUUGAUCUGUCUGGUUGUGGUCGUUGUGUGUGUGUGUCUUCUCUCCGUCCUUCGCCUUGAUCUUGACCUCUAUAUUUAGGCCUGUGUAGGAUUGUAUGGUGAUAGGACAUCACCCGUUACUACCACGGUUUACUACCAACCCCACCAAAGACCAUCUGAACAGGAACCUAUCAUCACCUACAACUACCACCCACCCAUCACCGCCACCACCAACACCACCACCAUCACCACCAACCAAAGCAACAUUACCUCCACCGACCGUUGUGGAGUCCGUUCUCCGUUCGUGUGAUUGUUAUUAACAAGAGGCAGCAGAGGCGAGCAUCGCUUUGUGGCGGAAUCCGGGCCGCGAGGGGUUGAUAAGGGCUGAUCCUACCGUAACUCCACUUCCGCCCCGAGACGCGUGUGUGUGCGUGUGUGUGGUGUGUGAACGGAAUCCUUUCCGGCUACUGGAAGCGCUUCGUACGGAAAACCAACGACUUAAGGAUGAAAAUGGUGCCCUUAUUCGUGUGAUCAGCAAGCUGAGUAGAUAAUGUGUCUGCGUGCGUACUCGGGCGAGCGUGUAGAAAUGCGCAACACCAUCUGUGGAACGUGCGUGCAGCCAGACACUUUUCCAUCACACUAUCAUCGUCAUCAUCAUCAUCAUAAUCCCUGUUAAUCGACGAGUCAAUGUGUUUCUCCACGUAGGAGAGAGAGAGAGAGCGAGAAAGUGGGAUAGAAAAGACGGAUCUAGAGCAAGCAGUAUCCUACAUGCCUUCAAUUUUAAACAUACAUUUCUGUCCACCGAGCCGAAUUACAUGUAUAGAAUGUGUCAGUUGUUAUGCGCGUGCCUCACACGAAAGGAUCAAACUCGAUCGCUAAUGCGUACGGAUUAUCUGGAAUAAUUGGGCUACACAGCCAAGCAUGAGUGUGUGUGUGUUGUGUGAUGGUUUAAUUUGGAUGCUGAUCUUUCACUCUCUCUCUCUCCCUUCUGGCCUAUAAUUCAUUAAAAAAACCGUCAUCUUCCUUUUCCGCUUUCCUCCUCCCACAUGUAACGUAGGGUACAUUGAUUUUUGUUUUCAUUGGAAUGAAUUGCGCAUAUAUUGCAAGGCUGUUAACUAGUGCUUAGCGAAGAAAAAAAAACACCCACACACAUAGGCUUUCCUUGAACCCUUCCUCCUGUGUUAGAUAAACGAUAGUUAGGAAGCAAAGCAACUACGUCAACCACAAAAAGAGCGCAAGACAGUGGUUGUUACAGAUGGAAAAGAUUUCAAGCUUACGGGGAAACAGCACACCAUGUAGAAAAAAGCCACUAAGAGACUGGUGGAAGAUAGAGCUGGCGGAAAGAUAUUCUGAUAUCGCCAUGUUAGCUGCCGUGGCUGAUAGCUGGCAUCGAAAUAGGGAAAGACGAUUCCGGUUGUAGUUGUCGCAUUUGUGUAGCAUCUUUGAAACCUCAACGCGCGUGUAGUCGCGAUAUACCCGCGAGUCAACAUUCUUUCUCCUUAUCUGCCAACCAAUUGCUCUCCUCUUUAAAUUCCUCUUUUUAUCUAAUCGAUCGAUCGAAUGUGUCGAAACUUUGAAAAUGUUUUUAUUUGUUGUUUAUCCCAAAUCGAUCUUACUUAGAGAUCUUAUAUUUUACAAUCCAUCUCUCUUCCUCCUCUCUUCUUGUAUGCGUACACAAUCCCACACGCUUUUAAUUACCGGACGUAAAGGAAAGGAAUUGACUUAAUUUUAACAGAAACAUCAAUCAACAAAAACGCCAGAGGCGAAACAGUGCCAGAAAAUCGAGGUUUUUGCCAGUAGGCGACAAAACGCUCCGUCAGCUCCGCAAGAGAUCAUUGCUUAUCUAUUAUUUUUGCUAUAAGCGUACACGCAGUAGACCAAAUUCUCCGGUGUAGGGCACAACGUUCGCGAAAGGGGUAUCCCUGCUACGGCACACAAGCACUAGCGGGCACACGGGCAAACCGCAGCGCUGCAGUGGCCACUUUAUUUAGCGUUUUUUUGUAUGGAUGUGUAUGUGAUGGGUCGAGCGAAGGCAAGAUGAUGAUGAUGAUGAUGUUAGGAAGAAUUUGUUUGAAUAUAUGAUAUUUUUUUGUGUCGUUAGUAGAAAUAAAAAGUGAAGGUAAAAUCACACCGUUGACCCAUUUUGGUGGAGCCAAGGCAUUACAGGGAUGAUGUGUUGUGAGCAGGGAAGCAGCAAUGAAACACAUAGUAGAGUAUUUGCGCGCAUGGUGAGGUGGUAAUUUAAUUUAACGUGAAACUUUAAAUGUUUUGCCUACUCGUGGGGCAGUACAGCAAAACACCGCGCCUAGCGAGAGGAAGAGAGCGAGCGAAACUAAUGCAAGAAAUUACAGCGCUUUAGGGAGGUGUACCGACAGAAACAGUGUUGUUAGUUAGUUUGGUUGUUUAGAAUCGAAGCGAAUAUACAAACGGAACGGAACAGCAGCAGCAGUAGUAAGAGAGCUUUUUGUUUUCCCUUUUUAAUUUCCUGUUGUAUGCCUAUUGACACACACAGAUUGUCGUCGUGUGGGCGCGUUGUUGUGUGUUGUUUGUACACGCACUACACUUUUUUCUAUUGCAAACAGAGAGGGAGAGAAGGGGAGAGAGAGCAUUUUCUAGCACAGUCUAUAUUAUGUAUUAUUUGUUAACUUUUAUUUGAUCUCGCAUUUAUGAUUCGUUCUGUUUUAUUAUUUUUUUUCUAACGUUCUUUUUGUAAUUCUCUCUGUCCCGUAUGCCGGCCAUGUUAAUGAUCGGUAUCACACGAUGUAUGUAAGUCCUUUUAAAAGGCACACAGACACACGUAAGACAACGCUCUUUAAAGGGAAAGAUAUCGAUGGGCAAUUCUGUACCCCCCUUUUCUUGCGUGUAUGUUGUGAUCAGAAGAUUAAGGGAGAAAAUAAAGGUGGCAAUCUAAUAUAAAGAAUAUGCACAUAUAUAUACACACACACAAAAACAACACCCAGAAUACAUAAAAGCGAGCGUCAGCCCAGGCCGCACAUACACCUCCUUCCCUCCCACCAACACCCAAACACAGACACACACACACCCACGCUCGCGCGUGAUCACGUUCAGAUAAUUUAUGUCUAUUCGCAUCCAUUGUCCAUUACAUUUAUUACUCUGUCUUUGUUCUUUUUUAAACUGUAAUUAUUAUUAAUAUUAUUAUUAUUAUUAUUAUUAUUAUUAUAAUUAUUAAACUAUUGUGUAGAUUUUUUAUUUCAUAGGCAAAACAAACAAACUCGGACGAAUAAAUAAAGGACGAAACAAAAAACGAACAACCGAACGAGCAGUGAUAUGUUACGUUACUUGCAAUGUGAGAAAAACGAAUAACAUUUCAUUGAAGAAAGAAACGACACGAGAAAAACACGCUUGUAAUUUCCUUUCCACGUUAUUUUACUGUUUUAUUGUCUGUUGAAAUGAUACAAGAAUGCAAACACUAUAUAAAUGUGUAUGUAAGUGUGUGUGUGUGAGUUGUGGGGUGGAAUUAAAAUCCCUGAUCUGCUGCCUCUCUCUCUAUCAGAGCCUUGCGCCGCGCCCGCCUAGCUCGUGCUGCUGCUGCUGCUCAUACUCUACAAUAGAUAAUCUCGCUUACUAAGGAAUUUCGAGACACGGUCGGCGAGGGGAGAAGGUUGCGGGGCGGAGUAGGGUUGGAGGGCAGGAGAGGGAUGACGAUCAUUACUACAGUUACUGCGCUUGGUGGCCGGGAAAGGAUCGGGCCAGAUAAUUACACAAAGAGACAGGGGGGACUGUUGUUUAUUUAUCUAGAGUACAAAGAAAAAAAAGAA